AUGGAUCCAAAACCAACACUAGAGGAUGUGCUUUACCUGACAGGGUCCCUCAAUGACGCUGCCAGCCGCGUUGAGCUAGAAGAAAACGGAGAGCAACAGGUAAAGCAGGUAACCUUGCACAAGAGGUCUGGGGAAGUAAAACAGCACAGCAAGAAGGGUGGUGUUUUAACUGCUGAGAUGGUGUCCAGCUGUGUGUCCAACCUUGGACGCUUUGGCACUGGGCUGCAACACUUGUACCACCACCUGUCUCUGCCUAGUCACAAUCUCAGUGACAUAUCUGUUUUAUCCAAUUAUGUCCAUCUUCAAAAGCUGGAACUGCCACACAACAAAAUUAAAGAUAUAUCCUGUGUGAGCCACAUGCCGUACCUUGUCAUGCUGGAUGCUUCUCACAAUGAAAUCUCCAACUUCUUUGGAUUCGAGCCACCCAAGAAUCUAAAGGAAGUCAAUUUCUCCCAUAACCGUAUGACAAAAAUGAAGGAUUUGUCAGCCUAUUCAUCGCUUAGUAAACUGGAUCUGGCCUACAACAGUUUCAGUGAGAUCAGUGGUCUUGAGCAAUGUUGCAAGCUCACCCAUCUCAGCCUGGCACACAACAAGAUCUCGAGGAUCAGUGGCAUGGACGGUCUGCCUCUCACCCACCUCUGCCUCAGGGGGAACCAGCUGGAGAGGAUUGAAGGGUUGGAGAAUCUGAGGAGUCUGCAGGUUCUUGACUUGUCUCUGAACAGCAUUAACAGUCUUUCUGGCCUCCAGAAUCUCCACCUCCUGGGCUCCAUCAAUCUGGAGAAAAACCUGAUUAGUGAAAUUCGGGAGUGCAAACACAUUCAUGAUCUUUUCCUGUUGAGCGACCUCAACCUGCUGGGAAACCCUGUGCAGGAGCAACCAGAUUACAGACUGGCAGUCGUCUUCCUCCUUCAGCAUCUGACUGUGCUGGACCAAGAGAAGGUCACUGCUGAAGAAAAGGUGUCAUCAGUAAACAAGUACGACCCUCCUUUGGAUGUAGUGGCAGCCCGGGAUCACAUGACCCACCUGGUGUAUCAGCUGAUGCAGCCCCAGGUGGUUUAUGACAGCAGCACUUUGCCCAGUGCAGACUCUCCAUAUCCGAUGCUGGUUCUGACUGGUCCUCAAGGCUGCGGGAAGAGAGAGCUGGCCCACAGACUGUGUCAGGAGUUCAACGAAUACUUCGCCUAUGGAACCUGUCACACCACAAGGAGGCCCUACUUUGGAGAGGAGAAUGGAAUUGAUUACCAUUUUGUCAGCGAGGAAGAUUUUCAGAACAUGACUCAAAUGGGUAAGUUUAUCCAGACCAUGCAGUAUGGGGGUCAAAGGUACGGUCUGACCAGAGACGCCAUAGAGGAUGUAGCAAGAGAAGGACUUGCCUGCUGCCUGCAUAUGGAGCUAGAGGGUGUGUUCAGUCUGAAGAAGAGCUACUUUGAGCCUCGAUACAUCCUGCUCAUCCCCGCCCAGGUGGAGCAGUACAUCGGCCACCUGAAAAACCGUGGUCUCUAUACCCCAGCACAGAUUGACAUCGCGGUGUCACGUAUAGAGCUCUACGCCAACACCAACAGGCAACGACUGGGAUUCUUUGAUAAUAUUAUCCCCUGUGAUGACUGGGAGGAAGCCUAUCAGACAUUGAGGCAGGUAGUGAGGGAGUACCUGUUGCUAGAUGAGCAGGAAGAAGGAGAACACAAAAACAGAGAAUCCCCUGACAACGCCUGCACAGGUCAGGAGGAGGAGGAGGAGCCACCUUCACCCCCGUCGAGGUCAGGAUCGGCCACGCUGACGUCACACUCUGCCACAGCUCUUGACCCCUCAGAUCCGUCUUACAGAAACUAUUUUACCAAGAUCCAGGCAGUGCUCAGCCCGCAGAAGAGCCACGUUGAGCUAGCUUCCAUCAGGAGGCGUGAGCAGCUGGUGAGAGAGGCUAUAGUGGGGAAGAGUCCAGGGGUCUACAGCCAGCUCUUCAAAAGGUCUGCUCAAACAGCACCAUCGUCACUGCAGAAUCAUGAUCCUGGUACUCAUUUUAUUGAGGACAGCAGCUCGGAUGAGUCUCGUGCCAGUUCAGCGCUGUCUGUGCCCAGUUCAGCCGGGGCCUUGUCUGGCUUAGUGGAGCCGCUAGAUAUGUCUGUCCUGGGACACGCUUUGGAAACACUCAAAGGCCAAACUCCUGAAUCCCCCCGUCCAGGCACAGAUCAGCUAGCUGUGGCCGCGUCUCCCCCCACUGACGGACGUCCUGGAUCCAACGUCAAGGCCAUCCUGCCGCCAAUCCCCACUGGGCGCAAGACCCCUGCGGCGCCCAGCCCGGCUCCUUCACUCAGACCCAACUCAAACCCAGCAGUCAGAGAUGGGAGCCGGGGAGGAGAAGCAGGCGGGGAGGGAUAG